UCCACCAGUGUGAACGCCAUCGUCGCCACGCUGCUCGCCCUCGUGCCGCCAGGCGGCCACGUCGUGACCACGACCGAAUGCUACAGCGAGGCGCGCAUCUUCAUCCGCGAAAGGCUCUCCAAAAUGGGAAUCAGGUCCACCUUCGUUGAUCUGAACGACAUCGAGACGCUGAAAGCCGUUCUUGACCAGGGUGAUGUGACACUCUUCUAUACCGACUCUCCCACGAACCCCCACCUCAAGUGCAUAGACAUUAAACUCGUCGCCGAGCUGUGCCACCUGAAGGGUACCCUCGUGUGCAUCGACAGCACGCUUGCCUCGCCGAUCAACCAGAAGCCGCUCACCCUCGGCGCCGACAUUGUCGUGCACUCCGCCACAAAGUACAUCGCCGGCCAUCACGACGUUAUCGCAGGAUGCAUCAGUGGCUCCCAGGAGCUCAUCAAGACAAUACGCGCAUGGCACCAAGACCUCGGCGGCGCCAUCAGUCCGGAUGCGGCCUACAUGAUCAUACGUGGGCUCAAGACAAUGGCGCUGCGCGUGGAGACCCAAAACCGGACGUCUUUGCGCAUGGCGCGCCUGCUCGAGAACCAUCCGAAGAUCGAACAUGUGUACUACCCUGGGCUCAAGAGCAGCCCGUGGCACCACAUCGCCGAGAGCCAGAUGACUGGUUUUGGCGGCGUCGUCAGCUUUGAAGUGGCGUCGGACCUGCACGGCGUCAUGAGGUUCAUAGACGCGCUCGAGAUACCCUUCAUCGCAACAUCGCUCGGCGGGUGCGAGAGCCUCGUGCAGCAGCCGGCGGUCAUGUCCUUCUGGGGUCAGAGUGACGAGGAGAAGGCCAAGAAUGGGAUCACGGAUAACUUGGUGAGGUUCAGUUUCGGGAUUGAGAAGUUUGAGGAUCUCAGGGAUGACAUUCUCCAAGCCCUGGAGAAGAUGUAGGACUAUUUUUUGAUGAACAACCAAUUGUGUAGCGAUUUUGAUAAAACUAGCUAGGUAGAAGCCUUUCUGUAGAUAAAAUAGCCUAAUAGGUAGUUGACUUGCGCUAAAGUUUAAACAAGGGUUCUUUUAUUUGAUGAAGGCAAACUCAAGUUUGCUGAUAACAUAAAUAUAUGCUUCGGGCCAUAUUUAAUUGAUU